AUAGCCAACCACAUGGAGAAGGACACAGAGAACUACGAGGUUGUGCAGGAAGCCAUAGACACCAUGCAGAGAGUGGCCUGGCACAUCAACGACAUGAAGAGAAAACACGAGCACGCUGUUAGGUUGCAGGAAAUCCAGAGCCAGCUGACCAACUGGAAAGGCCCUGAUCUGACUGGCUACGGAGAGCUGGUUCUUGAAGGAACGUUUCGUCUGCAGCGAGCCAAGAACGAGAGAACUCUCUUCCUGUUUGACAAGCUUCUGCUGAUUACCAAGAAACGAGAAGAAACCUACACGUACAAGGCUCACAUCCUGUGCUGUAACCUGAUGCUGGUGGAAGUGAUUCCUAAAGAACCACUGAGUUUCAGUGUGUUUCACUACAAGAAUCCCAAACUGCAGCACACAGUCCAGGCCAAAUCACAACAAGACAAGCGCAUGUGGAUUUUACACCUGAAGAGACUCAUACUCGAAAACCAUCCUGCCAAGAUCCCUGCCAAGGUAAGAGCACCUCAUCUCCUGACAGCUCCCCCUCUGUUCACUGAUGGUGUAAACAGACUUUGAGUGGGAUGUGUUGAAAAUGUCACCACCUCUCGCCCACCUCCUUUCUCCAUCUUCUCCAUCUUCUCCAUCUUUUCUGACCCCUGCUUUUUCACCCAACUUUCAUGUGCUCUGAUUUCUUCCACUCAUUUAUUUUCAUUCAAACACAACCACUUUUCUGUCUCUUCAUCUGCCUUUCAACAUGUGCAAGUGGAAACUGAGGAUUUCUCUCCAAUGCUGAGGGUCACUGAGAAAGUUCAGUGUUUUUACAUAAAGAGGCUGCUUGUUA